AUGGAGGAAAAGGUCGCUGAGCCUACCGUGGCUGCCGCUACAGGUGUCACUGUGCACGACCCUGAAGAGGCCCUUCAACAUGUGAAAAACAUCAAGAAGCAGCACCAGUGGGAUCCCAAUUUGCCAACCGACAUCUACGAUGAGAUCGACGAGGCGAUGCACGCCGACGGCACCACCACUGUCGGUAUCGCCACGGAGUUGAUGGAGAACUCCCCUUACCCUGAAGUUCGUGCGGCUGUCCCCAACGUCGACGAAGGCGGUCACAGCAACACCAUUCGCGCCUGGACCAUUGGUUUGAUCCUGGCGACCAUCGGUUCUGCGCUGAACAUGUUGUUCUCCAUGCGCAAUCCCUAUAUUGUCAUCCCCAGUUACGUCGCUCAGGUUGUCGCGUACCCGAUUGGCAAGGCGUGGGAAAAGUGUCUGCCAAAUCGCGAGUACAGCCUCUUUGGUCUCAAGUUCAACCUCAACCCCGGCCCCUUCAGCAAGAAGGAGCAUGCCAUUACGGUCAUCAUGGCGAAUGCCACUUUCAACGGUGGUGCCGCCUACGCCACGGACGUGCUUCUUGCGCAGCGCGCGUUCUAUGGCCAGAACUUUGGCUGGGCUUUUGAGAUCUUCAUGUGCAUCUCCACUCAGAUGCUGGGUUUCGGCAUUGCCGGUUUCUUCCAUCGGUUCCUCGUCACCCCAGCUGCCAUGAUCUGGCCCGCUACUUUGAUCAAUGCCAGUCUGUUCAACGCUCUCCACGACCACCGCCGUCCUGACCCCAGCAAGACUAGCGGCUGGACUAUUGGCAAAUACCGUCUUUUCCUCUACACCAUGGUCGGCUCGUUUGUGUGGUACUGGUUCCCUGGCUUCAUUGCGCCCUUCUUGAGCGCUUUUGCCUUUGUUACCUGGAUCAAACCCAACAAUGCCGUCAUCAACCAGUUGUUCGGUGGAUGGUCUGGUUUGUCGUUGAUUCCGAUUACUUUUGACUGGACUCAGAUCUCUGGUUUCAACUUCUCCCCCCUCAUCGCCCCCUGGUUCGGUAUCGCCAAUACCUUGAUCGGUAUGGUGUUGUUCUUCUGGAUCGUGACUCCUGCUAUUCACUACACCAAGCUUUACUACAACCAGUACUUGCCGAUCAGCGACGGAAACAGCUACGACAACACCGCUCAAAAGUACAACGUCUCCCGCAUCCUCAACCCCGACUAUACUUUCAACUUGCAGAAAUAUCAAGAAUACUCCCCCCUCUUCUUGUCUACCACAUUCAUGUUGUGCUACGGUCUUUCGUUUGCCACCAUUAUUGCCGUCCUUGUUCACACUGGUUUGUUCCACGGAAAGGAGCUGUGGAUCCGCUUCAAGAGCGUCGGCAAGGAAGAAGAAGACGUGCACGCCCGUCUCAUGUCUCGUUUCAAGACCGUCCCUCUCUGGUGGUACGCUGGCGUCACCUUGAUCAUGAUGGGUAUGGCCCUCGGCGUCAUCAUUGGUUACCCGACUCAUCUUUCCUGGUGGGCAUUCUUCGUGUCGUUGAUCAUCUGCUGCGUUUGGUUCGUUCCUUGCGGUAUUGUGCAGGCGACAACCAACAUCCAGAUCGGUCUGAACGUCAUUACCGAGUUCAUCAUCGGUUACAUGCAGCCUGGAAGGCCCAUGGCCAUGAUGUUGUUCAAGACGUUUGGCUACAUCUCCAUGUACCAGGGUCUGUUCUUCUUGCAGGACAUGAAGAUGGGCCACUACAUGAAGGUUCCACCUCGCGUCACCUUUGCCGCUCAGAUGAUUUCCUGUCUCUGGUGCUCUAUCGUCCAGAUUGCCGUCAUGAACUGGGCUUUGGGGGCCAUCUCCGACGUCUGCAGUCAGACUCAAAUCAACCACUUCAGCUGCCCCAACGGCCGUGUCUUUUUCAACGCAUCCGUUAUCUGGGGUGUCAUUGGUCCUCAGCGUAUCUUCUCCCCUGGUCAAAUGUACUCUAACAUGAUGUGGUUCUGGCUCGCUGGUGCCGCGCUCCCCGUCAUGAUCUACUUCGGUGCUCGCAUGUGGCCCAAGUCUCCAAUCCGCUACCUCAAUGCCCCCAUCAUUUUUGGUGGCAGCGCUUUGAUUCCCCCCGCUACCCCUCUCAACUAUCUCUCCUGGGGUAUCGUCGGUUUUAUCUUUAACAAGUGGAUCCGCGACCGCUGGCGAGGCUGGUGGAUGCACUACAACUACGUCUUUAGUGCCGGCUUAGACGUCGGUCUUGCCAUUUCCACCAUUCUCAUCUUCGUUGCCUUGUCUCUGUGGAAUCACGAGAUGACUGACUGGUGGGGAGUGGAUGUUGCUGGUAAUACCCUGGAUGCAUCGUACACUGCGAUCCAAGUGACUGGAGUUACAUUUGGACCUACUUCGUGGUAAUCCAGUGAAAGAAACUGGGGAUAGAUAUUAUGAGGCGGAUGAUGCGAAUGUUUUUAGUUGUAUGUGGAAAAGAAGAUAGUUGUUGUUGUUGUUGUUUUUUUUUUGCGCGUGCCCGAGGAACAUCUGUGAUGUCUGCGGAGUAUUUAAUCACUUAUGUGUAAUGUAAUCAAUGCAUUAUGAUGAACACCUGUUCUGAAUUGUUUAUCUGUAGGUUCAUGUCUGUCCCUGCAUUUGUAUCAGAUCGACCCGUGUAAACCGCUUGUCCUAUGCGCGGAGUUUCUGUCAAGACUAGCUAUUACCAUGAUAGCGUCCGUCAUGUACAGCCAGAUUUAUGCGUCACUGAUAUUCUUACAACUUAUAUGAUGAGAAUAUAAUAGUAAAUCC